AAAAUAUGAAUUCUAUCAUUAAACUGAUACCAGUUUCUAUUGAGUGUUUCAAGUCAUAUUAAGUACAGAGAGUUUGGACACCUGCAAAAAAUAUAGUUUGCUUUAGCAAUUAAAUCACAGAUUGAUACACAAAUGCAUUAAUGUGCAGUUUUUAAAGAAUUAUAAACUCUUAGAGUGAACUGUUCCCACAGGUCACCAUGGCUGCAGAUUUGGCAACAAACAUUAAUAUCAAGGAGCCACGUUGGGACCAGGGAACAUUCGUGGGACGAGCCAAGCACUUCUUCACCGUCACCGAUCCCCGGAACGUACUCUUAACCAACGAGCAGCUGGAAAAUGCCCGGCAGAUCAUCCGUAACUACAAGAACGGAACAGUGUCCCCCGGGCUCUCAGAGGAUGAACUUUGGAGGGCCAAGUACAUCUUUGACUCGGCAUUUCACCCAGACACUGGGGAGAAGAUGAUCCUCAUCGGACGGAUGUCUGCACAAGUCCCCAUGAACAUGACCAUCACAGGAUGCAUGAUGACUUUCUAUAAGUCAACUCCGGCAGUGUUGUUCUGGCAGUGGAUUAACCAGUCAUUUAAUGCAAUAGUGAAUUACACCAACAGGAGCGGUGAUGCACCUAUUACUGUCAGUCAGCUUGGUACGGCCUAUGUGUCUGCCACCACGGGUGCUGUGGCCACCGCUUUAGGACUUAACGCACUAACAAAGCACGUCUCACCACUUAUAGGUCGAUUUGUUCCAUUUGCUGCGGUGGCUGCUGCCAACUGUAUCAAUAUCCCACUGAUGAGGCAAAGGGAGUUGAAGCAUGGUAUUCCAAUUAUGGAUGAGAAUGGCAACAGGCUAGGAGAGUCGACCAAAGCUGCCCAGCAGGCCAUCACACAGGUGGUGAUCUCCCGAAUCCUCAUGGCCUCUCCUGGGAUGGCAAUCCCACCAUUUAUAAUGAACACUUUGGAAAAGAAGGCACUCUUGAAGAGGUUUCCAUGGAUGAGUGCUCCCCUCCAGGUUGGACUGGUGGGAUUCUGCUUGGUGUUUGCCACCCCUUUGUGUUGUGCACUGUUUCCACAAAAGAGCUCGAUGUCCAUUAGUUGCUUGGAACCUGAACUCCAGGAGAAGAUCCGAUCCAGCCACCCUGGAGUGGAAAGAGUCUACUUCAACAAAGGCCUUUGAGAUCCACUUUUCCUCUAUUCACUUCCAGCACAAUGUCAGCCUUUGCGUGUGCCAAAGUUUUAUUCUCCUUUUCUCCUACUGGUAAUCUAGUUUUUAGAAAUUUAGUUGUGGUGGCUUUUAUUGUAGUUUUUUCAGUGGAAAUGGGAAAAAUAACACUACUAAUGCACGGUUUUCCUGUAGUUACAUGUGCUUACUCUGACGUCUUAUUCAUAUUCCAGAAGAAAUGUCACUUAUUUAAUUGUAUUUCCUGCCAGAACCACAUUUGCCACAGUUAUUAGUCAUUUAAAGAACUAGACCACAACACCUUAUUUUAAAGCUGUUUUUAUUUUUUAUGUUUCAGUGUAAUUCUAACAAAACUUCAGUGUACUGGGCUCUUUUUAAACAGAGUUUUUAGGGGGCAGUUUAAAACCAUUUUUUAAACUGAGAUUGCAACCUUCCCUGCCGGAUUGCCGGUCGGCAUCGUUUAUGGUCGGAACUACGACGGUAUCUGAUCGUCUUCAAACCUCCAUUUGCCAAAGUUCACUACCUUGCCUUUGAUAUAUAACAAAUAAUCCUACCUAAUAAUAUUGCUGAAGUACAACUGCAGACAUCAAUUUGGAACAUUUUCUAUUAACGUGAUGUAAUUAUACCAGUAACAGCAGCUGUUAUAUCAUGGGACUGUAAAAUGAAAUUGAUACAGAGAGUAAGAAUCAGUGUAUCAACAUGGAUGAACAAAUUAUACUAAAUAAGUAAAAUAUAGGAUAGAGUUACAUUUAAUAGUAUCAUCAGCAUCCAAGCAAUGCAGUACUUGAGUUACUCAGACAUCUUUGUGAUCUCAUGGUGCUUAUUAGUCAGCGAGAUUACAAAUUCCAGAAUUUAUUGUGGUCCUAAAGCAUCCAGCUACAUUUUGAGGUUCAGUGGCUCAGGUUCCUUCAUCAGCUGCAGCACUAAGAUCCUUCAUGUUACUGUAUGGCACAGGUGUAACGAGGGGGGUGUCUCAGCCAAUUUUUGGGCAAGUCUAAUGUGUUUCCACAAUAUUUUAUGACUGCACCGAGUACUGUCUGAUCCUCCAAUACCUGGCACGUGUUACUCCACUGCUUUAAGGUUAGUAAUGUCAUAACUGAGAAUAGCUCUUCAGUUAUGCAUCGCUGUUUUGUUCUCUUUUCGAUUUAUAUCAAGUGUACACAACUUUAUGUAGCUCAUCCUGUUUAAAUUCUCUAUUUUUUUAAAGGAAUAAAUAAUUCACCCAGUACCGAGAAGAUGAGCGUAAACAGGCUUCGAAAUCAGUGUGUCGGUCUGCUCUACUGCCCAUGAAACUUGCCUUUUUAGAGGCUAUACUGCGCAGGCUCAAUUUGUUACGAGGUUUUCUGAAAGCGGUUAGAAAAAUUUUUUAAGUCAGUAGUGAAAGCCAGUUAAUCCUACAGUGACUGAUAGUUUUUUUUCCUGAAAGUUCUUGAAUUUGUUUUUUUUUAAAACCACUUGUACUUGAAUUGUUUUAUUGUUUUCAUUAAUUGAUGAGGAUAAAUAGAAUGAACUCAGACAAACCUUACUGUCAUUUUUACUGUAAACUUAUGGGAAGAUAUGCAAUA